UUUUCUUUAACUGCAUUUAGUUGCCUAGAUGGGGGUCCUGCGAUGUGGCGUCACACCCUCAGCCCUGCUUAUCAGUGUGCUCAGUUGCUGGCAUAGCAGAGGAAUCUUUGAAGUAGUGGUCUGUGUCAGCUGAUAACACUGGGGGUGUGAUGUUUCAGGAAAGUAAAAACAGAAGACUUCAGUACGCUCACCCACUCCUACCUUCUGUGACACUUUUAAAAUUAAUGAGCACCUUGGAAAUGAGAAGACAUCACUGUAAAUUAUUGAACCUCCUGUCCAUCACUCUCUACAUUCUGUGCUAUACUGAACUUGGAUUUGGGAAUGACGAUGAUGUUCCUGAAAAACCAAAGGAAUACCAGGCCAUAUACAAUUCUCUUAAUAUUACAGAAAUUCCAGAAACCAUCAAGCCACUCCUCACAGAAGUCUACUUUAUUCAGACAGGUAUCACAAACAUCAGAGCUGGUGCCUUCAGGAACAAUUUGAAUCUUACAAUAAUCCACUUUGUCAGCAAUCCAAUAAAUUCUGUGGAUGUGAGGGCAUUUGAAGGUCUCAGCAUUAUCACUGACAUUGCCAUUUCAGGCUCUCACCUGACAUUCCUACCAGUGGGGGUAUUCAGUGACACGAAAAACCUCAAAAUCCUCAGUUUAAAAGACAAUCAGUUACAGAGGCUGGACAAGGGACUCUUUGAUGGCCUCACUAACCUAACACAUCUUCAGCUCUACACAAACAACCUCACCCAGUUGCCUGAAGGACUCUUUGAUGACCUGGAACAUCUUACACUUCUCAGUCUGGCUAAGAACCGCAUCAGGACCAUCUCCAGAGAGCUGUUCAACAAACUUGCAAAGCUGAAGAAGUUGAGACUGUACGAGAACGAACUGGAAGACCUUCCUGAUGGACUGUUUAAGGACAUGCCAGGGCUCACUGAAAUACUUCUCCACUCCAACAGGAUAAGGACCCUGCCUGCCCAUGCAUUCUCACACAACAGCAUGCUAGAAAAGAUACAGCUGGAGAAGAAUUCACUCACUGAAUUGCCACAUGGAAUUUUCUUUCAUCUUUCCAAUUUGAAGACCCUAAUGCUACACAACAACCAGCUUGUUCAGCUUCCCACUGCUCUUUUUGGACAGAUGCCCAAAUUAACUGAACUUAGACUAAACCAAAAUAAUCUAAGUGCUCUUCCGCCAGGUAUCUUCAGCAACUUAACAUCUCUGAAAAAGCUCUUUUUGUCCAAUAAUAAACUUACAGGACUACACACUGAAAGUUUUACAGGUCUUCCUCAACUCACUGAACUUUAUUUGCAGGAAAACAACCUGAAAAGUCUAAGCAGUGAAAUCUUCAAAGGCAUUCCCAAGCUAAAGAUCCUCAAUCUGACAAACAAUCAGCUGACUACUGUUCCAGCUGAUUUAUUUAACUCCCUUUCACAGAUCAACAGAAUUUCCAUCGAGGGUAAUCCAUGGAGCUGUGAUUGUAGCUUAAUUGGACUACUCACAUGGAUACAAAAUAGAAAGUUCUCCUCAGCUGCAACCUGUGAAAGUCCGCUGAACCUCCAUGGAAAUCUGUUAACCUCCAUAACUGUGGACAAAUUAAUUUGUCCACUCACAACUCCGAUUUCUACAACCAGUUCAGUGAAGCCAACUACAGCAUCAACAAUGUUUUCCCCUGCUCAAAGUACUUUACAGAGUACAGAGUCAAUAACUAUGGCAAAAUCAAGCACAACUACACAGUCAAUUACAACCACAACUGUGCCGACUACUACACCAGUAUGGACAACAUCAGCUAAACCAGAGACCUCAGAGGUGACCUCUAUCUUGACAACCCAGUCAACUACUAUGCCAACGUGGAUAAUGUCAACACAACCAGAGACCACAGAGAUGACCUCUAUCUUGACAACCAAGCCAACUACUACACCAAUGUGGACAACGUCAACCAAACCAGAGACCACAGAGGUGACCUCUAUCUUGACAACCCAGCUAACUACUAAACCAAUGUGGACAACGUCAACCAGCCCAGAGACCACAGAGGUGACCUCUAUCUUGACAACCCAGCCAACUACUACACCAAUGUGGACAAUGUCAACCAGCCCAGAGACCACAGAGGUGAUCUCUAUCUUGACAACCCAGCCAACUACUACACCAAUGUGGACAACGUCAACCAGCCCAGUGACCACAGAGUUGACCUCUAUUGUGAUAACCCAGCCCACUAUUACACCAAUGUGGACAACCUCAACCAGGACAGAGACCAUAGACUUGACCACCAUAUUGACAACAGAGCCAACUGCUACACUGGUACGGACAACAUCCACAAUAGGAGAGACUACAGAGGUGUCCACCAUAUUGACAACUUUACUUACUACUCCACUAGUCAUGAUGACAACACCUACACCACAGACAACAGAGACUACAACAGUGAUGACGAUCCCACCAACCACUACACCAUUCUGGGUGAUAUCAACUAGGCCAGACACAAAAGAGGUGACCACUGUCACGACAAACUUGUUAACUACCUCUCCAGUUUGGACACCAACAUCAUUCAAAAGAACAGAAAUUACAACUGUUGGAGCUCUACUCAAUCCUUCUGCCUGGACCACAUCAACAAGACCAGAGAUAACAAAGAUGACAACUCUUUUGACAACUAUUUUAACAACAUUUGCAACUACUAAACAAGUUUGGGACAACCACACCAAACUGGGUCCUACAAAGAUGCCAACCUGCACUGCAACCACACAAGUAGCAAGCACCAUUACAGGGGUAAAUGCAUUUGCCAGAACUAACAAGGAUUUCACUGUCAGACUCAAAGUUGUCUGUGAAGUCUCUCUGGUCUUUUAUAAUUUCAUGCUGUUCAUAGAAAUCUGUUGCGUGGUAGUUCUGUUGAGAUUUGUGGUUGUAGUUUAUCGUGCCUGCCAGUUUAGGAAUAAAAAGAUGGCCAGUAUCAGUCUGGUUCAUUUCUCGCACCGGAAGGAGCCAGUUCUGCACAUAGUACAUAGCACAACUCAGAAUCCCUCCUUCACUCCACAGCAGCAGCAACAGAAGUGACAUCUUUUUAAACUCUCACUUUAUGUUUGAUCAGUGUGGAAGAAGGCAUGUGAACAAUGGAACAGCAUAUAAGGUGCUUGCACCAGGGCCCCAGAGUAUCAGAGAUGAAUGAAGUUGUUGAAUACAAUUUUGAGUGUAGCAAACUGACACCUAUGAGGAAGAGCUGAAGUAAAACAUGGUUGUCUGGAGACAAUAAAUUGAUAUUCUGUGCAAAGUUUCUGAACUGUACUUUGGUAGUGUUAUCAAUAAAAUAUC